GGGAGUGGCUGCAUCAGGACCACUCUCUCUCACUGGUCACAUGUUAACACUUUCGCCAAAGUGAUUUAUGUCGCCUGCCAGCAGCGGACUGAAACAGAUUCGACUGAGGACACCUGAGGAAUGGCCUCUGAACGGAAUGGGUCCAACACAACCAGAAAUCUGACCAACCAGUUUGUGCAGCCGGCGUGGCGCAUCGCGCUGUGGUCCGUGGCCUACAGCACUGUGCUGGCAGUGGCGGUUUUCGGAAACUUGAUCGUGAUUUGGAUUAUUCUGGCGCACAAGCGGAUGAGAACUGUCACCAACUAUUUCCUGCUGAACUUGGCUUUCUCCGAUGUGUCGAUGGCUGCAUUCAACACGCUCAUCAACUUCAUCUACGCGGCUCACGGAGAGUGGUACUUUGGAGAAGUGUACUGCAGGUUUCACAACUUCUUCCCUGUCACCGCUGUGUUCGCCAGCAUCUACUCGAUGACCGCGAUAGCCAUCGACAGGUACAUGGCCAUCAUCCAUCCCCUAAAGCCUCGUCUGUCUGCGAAGGCCACCACAGGAGUCAUCAUCUGUAUCUGGAGUCUGGCUGUGGUUCUGGCCUUCCCUCUCUGCUACUUCUCCACCACCCGAGCUCUGCCCGGCAGGACCCUCUGCUACGUGGCCUGGCCCCGCACGGCUGACGACCCCUUCAUGUAUCACAUCAUAGUGACAGUUCUGGUUUACAUGCUGCCCUUAGUGGUGAUGGGCAUCACUUACACCAUCGUGGGGGUGACUCUGUGGGGAGGGGAGAUCCCAGGAGACUCAUCUGAUAACUAUCAUGGACAGCUCAGGGCUAAAAGGAAGGUGGUGAAGAUGAUGAUCAUUGUGGUGGUGACCUUUGCCCUCUGCUGGCUGCCCUAUCAUGUCUACUUCAUUGUGACGGGUCUCAACAAGCGUCUCAGCAAGUGGAAGUACAUCCAGCAGGUUUACCUGUCAAUGAUGUGGCUGGCAAUGAGCUCCACCAUGUACAACCCCAUCAUCUACUGCUGCCUCAACAGCAGGUUCCGCGCCGGCUUCAAGCGGGUUUUCCGCUGGUGUCCCUUUGUUCGGGUCUCAAGCUACGAUGAGCUGGAACUUCAAAACACAAGACUUCGACCGGGUCACCAGAGCAGCAUGUGCACCCUCUCUCGGGUCGAUACCAGCAUCCUCAGCAAAGACAAGAGCACUUGCUCCCGAGGACACAGGUCAAGACUCAACUCUGAGCCCAAUAAUAAAGACAAUUAGUUGUCUCCACUGGACGCUCAUGCUGAUUGGACUGUUUUUGUUUUGUAAUCAUGUAGCACGGUAUUUAAUGCCAUCACACCAUUACUCAGUGGAUAUGAACAGUAGUAAUGCUGCUCUACCAGCGAUGAUAUCUUUAAAUCU